CAAUUGGCACAUCUGCGAAACGAAUAAAGUAGCAUUUGCCGGCAUACCAUGUAAUACUAUGACUAUUUCUCUUGCACUUUUGUAUGCCUAGUCCUUUGUGGAGUUGCAAAAAUUAGCAGCAACAACGCUAAUACUAAUAGUUCAAACAAUAGAUGGAAGGAAAAGUGAAGAAGCAGAUAGCGUAAAAGCGAACGAAUAAGUGAAGAAUCAGAGUUACGGAAAAAAUCAAAUAGUCAACUCUUGCCUGGUAUUUGCCUGAUUUUCGUUUCUUGGAGGAAUAGAGGAACUUGACAAUUUUUUUUAAAUAAGUUUGGAAACAAGUUUAAUAAAGAGAUUAUAUCGGAAAAAACUUAUAUAAAACAGAAAGUAUUUUGGAGAACGACGGUCGCGAGACGCAGUGACUCUUUAUUAAGGUCACUCGCUUUGCACCGCUUAUUUGAUCUCAGUAAUUCAUCAGUAAUUAAUAUAUUGUGUAAAUAAUACCAAAUUAAAAAAAAACUUAGAUAACGAUUCCAUCAUGUCAUCAACAUCGGCGGCAGGUGGCAGUAGUGGUGCAGGAACUGGAAGCUCAGCGACAGCCGCCGCUACCACUCCUAACGCUAGUAACAGCAUGCACCCCAACAGUGGCCGAGGUCGAAAUAGCAACACUGCAGGAUCCAAUGCUACAAAUUCCGGCGCAGGUAGCUCGAAUGCCAAUCUCAACAAUGUUGUAAACAGUGCUGCAUCUGCUGCUGCAGGAUCUGGAACAGGUGAAGAAACGCGUAAAGAUCCCAAACCAAAUCCAAAAAUUUCCAAAGCACUGGGUACCUCAGCUAAGCGUAUUCAGAAAGAAUUGGCUGAAAUUACACUGGAUCCUCCACCAAAUUGUAGUGCUGGACCAAAAGGAGAUAAUCUCUACGAAUGGGUUUCAACUAUAUUAGGACCACCGGGAUCGGUAUACGAAGGUGGUGUGUUUUUUCUUGAUAUACAUUUUUCACCGGAAUAUCCAUUCAAACCUCCUAAAGUGACAUUUCGAACACGUAUCUAUCACUGCAAUAUAAAUAGUCAGGGUGUCAUAUGCUUGGAUAUUCUUAAAGAUAAUUGGUCCCCAGCGUUGACUAUAUCGAAAGUUCUACUCUCAAUUUGUUCCCUGCUGACUGACUGUAAUCCUGCGGACCCCUUAGUGGGCAGUAUUGCCACUCAAUACUUGCAGAAUCGUGAUGAACACGAUAGAAUCGCUCGACUUUGGACAAAAAGGUUUGCCCAAUAACGGGCAACAAAUGUUUUUUAUACAUUUAAUUUAACCUAAUUUUUUACAGAUACGCAACAUGAUUUCCUAAUCUUGUAAGUCCCAACAUUAAAAUAAAAGAAUAUAAGCAACAGUAAUAGAAAUCUAAAAAUAAUGGCUGCAGCAAAAAUAAAAAUUAAUAAUAAUUCAAGCAAAACGAAUAUUUGCGAACAUCCUGCAGGUGAAAGAUAAUGGUAAAAGUUAUACGUUUAAAAGGAACUUAACUUUCCAAAUUAUGUUUAACACUAUCUAAUAUUAUAUUAGCAAUUAAUUAUAAAAACCAUAAUAUAACAACAAAAUAUCAAGCAGAUAUUGAGUAGGGAACGGCGAUAGAGAAGAUAUUUCGACCAAAUUUAUUUACAAGUUCAAAUCAUAGUACUUUUCUGUAGAGUUUUUUCCAUUCAAUAAACUGCGUGUAGGAAACGAUGAAAUAAGAAUAUCACGAAAUCGGUAUAAAAUCAUGUUUUAUUUUGUGUAAAAAAUAAGCUAAAUAAUUGCUAUACAUCUUACCAAUAAGUAAUAGAUGAACCAAAACUGCUGAUUCGAUGUCAAAAUAAAAAUCAUAACGAGAAAAGCUGCAUAGAUAUACGCAAUUAAAAAAUACACAAGUUAAGAUAAUAUGUAGAAGCUAAUAAAUCUGUUCGAUUAAUUGUAUUGUAGCAUCGGAACUGAGAAGCAGGUGACAAAUUCUUGUCUUUAAAUUGUAAACAUAAUCGCGAGCAUCAAAUAAAAAUUAUAUUAAAAACGCUCAUACCAUUAAUAUUA